AUGCCGCUGAGAGACGUGCUCAAGAAGCGGUCUAACAUUCAAGGCGAUGCAGCGAGCACACGUAGCGUCAGCGCAACUUCUCUGCCAGGUCUACCCAACCCGAUACCAGAGUUCACCUUUAUGCGAACGACGACACACGAGCAGGAAGUCAUCAUACCACCGUCAUAUCCAGGCGACGAAGUCCCAGUAGCAUCUGGCCAAGGGCCCACCGAGAGGAAACGCCGCAAUAUCUUUCGCAAGAGCAGCGCAAACUUUGCUUCUAGCAUUGGCAGCAACAGUGCUCUCUCGUCCCACUCUGAAGAAAAGGAGAUCCCUACUACUCUUCCGAUACGACCCAAGAAUGAGCGCAAACUCUCCGAGAGACUGCAUUUUGGUAGGUCACGGGGUCUAUCCAAAAGCGAGAGCAGCUCUCAUCUGCCGACCGACCUGGGCGACGCGCCUCAAAACACGCCAGCACCGUUGGAUCCUCCAGAUGCCAAGGGCAGGGUAAAAGAGACGGAGACCAAGGAGAAUAAAGUGCAGCGGGAAGCGCAAUGGGAGAAGCGAGCUACCAUGAUGGCCCUCAAGAACCCCAUAUUGCACGGUGAGAGGUCGGAGACUGGCGAAAAGAAAGGGCACACGCGGAAUGCCUCUCUUGAGGAGGGCGAAGCCGACAUUCAAGAAGCCAUUCGUUUACAUGAGCAAGGCGACCUAGAACGUUCGACCCAAAUCUUUGGACAGCUCGCAGAUCCUGACGGUGCAAACAAUCCUCUGUGUCAGGUACUAUACGGCCUUGCUCUACGACACGGCUGGGGCAUAACGCCUUCUGCAGAUGCUGCAAUACACUACCUGAGUUUAGCAGCCUCGAACAGUGCAGCUAUUGAGUCAGCGGCUCUUUCAUCAGGUUCCAAGACGGGUGGUGAAGCAAAAGGCGAGCUGGUUCUCGCCAUAUUUGAGCUGGCAAACUGCUUCCGCUAUGGUUGGGGUAUCAAAGUGGACAAAGUCGCUGCGAGGAGCUACUAUGAGGUUGCUGCCAAUCUAGGCGAUCCUGACGCUCUGGAAGAAGCAGCCUGGUGCUACAUAGAAGGUUUCGGCGGGCCGAAAGAUAAGUUCAAAGCAGCACAGUAUCUGCGGUUGGCUGAAGGCGCUGGUCGAAAGAGCGUGGGAAGCAGCUGGAUCUGGAAGGACAAGUAUAAUUCACCGACCAAAUGA